AUGUCUCUCAUUCCGAGAUUCUUAAGCGGCCCAAGAACAAACAUCUUCGAUCCACUCUCUCUUGACCUCUGGGACCCCUUCGAGGGCUGCCCCUUCAUCUCCUCUGUUCUCACCAACGUUCCAACCACUGCACACGACACCUCUGCUUUAGUCAAUCCUCGCAUCGAUUGGAAGGAAACCCCAGAAGCCCAUAUCUUCAAAGUUGAUCUUCCUGGGUUGAAGAAAGAAGAAGUGAAGGUUGAAGUUACAGAAGGGAAUAUUCUUCAGAUCAGUGGAGAAAGAAGCAGAGAACAAGAAGAGAAGAACGACAAGUGGCAUCGAAUGGAGCGUAGCUAUGGCAAGUUCUUGAGGAGGUUUAAGUUGCCAGAGAAUGCAAAGAUUGAUCAGGUUAAAGCAAGUAUGGAGAAUGGAGUGCUUAAUGUGAUUGUUCCCAAAGUAGAGGUGAGGAAGCCUGAUGCUAAGCCCAUUGAGAUCUCUGGCUAAAUGGGUUCUGAGGUUAGACCCUCAU